UCUGAUUGGACUUACGCACAUGUUGCUAUCAUUUAACAAUCAGGCAAGAGUGAAUCCCUGUCUCUGUGUCUCUUGUCUGAACUGAAAUCCAUCACAAAAGGAUUUAACUCCUCGACCACAAACUGUACCUCAGCUGUUUCCACAUAGCAGUAUCCUCAGCUCAGACCUGUCAGUAAAGAUGUAUCGUGGGCUAGUGUUACUGUUCUUGGUUUUGGUGCUGGAAACCCGAUGGAGUGAGUCGAGCUGUCAGCAGUCAGAGUCUCAAAGAGCAGUUUCAGGCGAGAGUCCGAGUUUUCGGCGGUCGGCUCAUAACUUGCUGAAGAGGUAUAAUGACAUAGAUUAUGACAGUUUUGUCGGUCUAAUGGGGCGCAGGAACGCCGACACAGAAGAUAUACCACCUCAGCGUAAAAGGGAAAUGCACGAUAUCUUUGUUGGACUCAUGGGGCGACGGAACGCUGACCCUGAAACUGGGCGUCCAUGGAGGAAAGAGUAUCCAGAAACAGGCUCAAGCGGAGGCAUCUUCUUCAACAAAUGCAAACUGAGGUUUCGUCGUGGGUUAUAGGCGAAUGAAUUGUUUCCCAUCCAGUGAAUUGUCUAUCCCACCCUGUCGGGACAGCUUCUUUUCAAGAUAUUUCUUUGGAGCAACAACAAAAAGUCAUCAUUUAUUUUACAGAAGUAAUAGAGCAAGAGAAAAUAUUUAUAUAAGAUUAAUCAAAUAAACAUGAUUUCCUAUGG